GGGAAAUUAUGUAAAAUGAGGGUCUCUUUCUGAUUUGUUUGUUCGGUGGCGCAUGUGUUGAUUAGUUAAAUGUAUCAUUUGGUUUUUGGCAUGUUUUCACAUUAAAACCAAAAUUGACUUCAACCACGUUUUGACCCCAUAAAGUGGGAUCAGUGGAAAGAGGAUGCUGCUGUCAUUUAGGCCGCUGAUCUCCGUCUCUGUGUUGACUCUGCUAAGCUGGUGCUGGUACAGUUUUAGGAGGAGGAGGACGACAGCUCCUCUCUGGACUAAAGAGAACGUGUGUUGUUCGGACAGCAGCAGCCCUGUUCACUCCUCCCCUGCUGACUCCAGUAUUUUGGGUGAAAGUGACCUGAACAUGGACCACAGCAUCUCAAGAUCCUCUGAAAUCAAAAAUCUUACCAGCACCAUAUCCAAAAUAGGCCUCACCAAGGGAGUUCGACCCGAGCCAGAAGGAGAAGUAUCUGUUCGUUUCCCUGAGACUCUCCUAACUGAGCAAGAAAAGGACAACAUUGCUGGUGAAGGUCAUCCAGAAUGUGGAGAAGUUAGUGAAGAUGACUCUGGGCUUGAGUCUGAUCCGGUUUGUCUGUCUUCAAACCGCCUUCCCAUCAACUCUCACACUUUAACAGAACAACAGUCAGGUCCUGUCAGCUUGGACAGUCAUGAUGGCAGCAGCCUGUCUGAUCUCUCCCCUGAUAGAGGCUUGAACCUGGAGAACAUGGAGAAGAUCAGUUCUGUUCUGGUCCAACAGGUCAUAGACGCAGUGGCAGAGGACUGGAAAAACCAGGAACCACAUGAGCUUGCUAGUGUUUCAAGACCUCCACAGAGUGGAUUUCUAUAUGCUGCUCAAGAAUCAUUCAGCGGUGAUGAUGACAGCAGAGUAUCCCUUCAGGACGUGGGCUCAUUCAGGGAAAAACUACUCAGCCAUUUAGGAGCUUCUGUUGGAGAUGAUUCUGGGUGUGGUUCCUGCUUUUCAGACGAUGCAUCCGGUGUAGAAAGGCUCACCAGAGAGUUGUCUAAGGAGGGCCAAGGGUUUUUGAUGACCCCCACAGAAGCAGACACAGUCAGCAUUGAGAGCAAAAUGACUCCCAGCAUGCUCGGAGUGACCGAGGAAGAGGAGGAGGCCUUGAGAGGUUCAGAUGUUAAAAGCUGCAUUAGUGCCGACGCUCAGGUGAGCAGCUUGGCCCCACCUCCAGCCCCACCCAUCAUUCUCUGGGACAUAGAGGUGCCAGCGCAUCUGGUUGGUCGAUUGAUCGGGAAGGAGGGGAAGUUCAUGAACUUCCUGAAGCAGAGCUCUGGAGCAAAGAUCUAUGUCUCCACCCUGCCGUUCACUCAGGAGAUUCAAAUCUGCCACAUCCAGGGCUCACAGCAGCAGGUGGAUGAUGCUCUCACACUCAUCAGGAAGAAGUUCAAAGAUCUAGAUCUGACUAACUGUGUUCCUCUGCCCUUCCUGCCCAUCACUUCCUGGCUGCUGCUGCCUCAGGAUGUGUUUGUGGAGGUGAUCGUCUCACGGGUAGAGGCUGGUCAUCAUCUGUUUGUUCAGCAGCACAAGCAUCCAUCUUAUCAGGCCCUUCCCACACUUAUACAGCACAUGCAGCUCUGCUACUCUCAGCCAGGAUGUCCCAGCCUGCCCACCCCUGUCGAAGUGGGGGUGGUCUGUGCUGCUCCGGUAACAGGAAGUGGCUGGCAGAGAGCCCAGGUCAUCCAGUAUUACAGAGAGUCUGGAAUUGCUCAUAUCAGAUAUGUAGAUAAUGGAGGUUAUGACACUGUGAACAGCGCCACCCUCAGGCAGAUCAGGUCAGACUUUGUAAUGUUGCCAUUCCAGGCAGCAGAGGUUCUGUUGGACAAUAUCACUCCUUUGCCAGGGUUUAAAGAGCUUACUGAAGAGCUGAAUAUACUCUCGUUGUUCCUGUCAAACACUGCCAACCAACAGAAGGCGUGGCUUCCUUUGAUAGGUAGGCGCAUAUCUCCGCCGGAUUGGUUGGCUGAUGCUUUCAGCCACGCCCUCUCCUGA